AUGGCGCCCAACGAGAAGGUUCCGGCAACCUCGGCCUCUCGAGGCAAGCAGCUGACUGGGAAGCAGCUGAAGCGUCAACUCCGAGGCGAAGCGGCGUCGAGCGCUCGUGCUGCUCAGCUCGUCUCCUCGCUGUCUCCUUCUGUGGACCCUGGAGCCCCAGGAGGUGCAACGCAGCUCGCGGCGAUUUUUGCGCAUUUUGCGCAAGCCUCCACUGCGUCCUCAGCGCCCGGAGAAGAUCAAGGCCUGUCCGCGUCCCUCGCCGCUUCCUCUUCUCGGUCCCCUUCUUCGGUGGCUCCGGCGACUUCCUCCUCCGCCUGCGCUAAGGCUCCGGGAGGAGCGCAGCGAAGCCGGUAUCGGGAGACUGCGAGCGAGGCGCCUUCUUCCGUCGCGGCAGGGCGAGGCGCCUUGAGGCAGGCUGACGCAGGAGAACAGCAACAAAUCGACGACAUCCACAGAGCUCUCGCGAAGCUGACUAAGCGAGACUCUGUCACACGGCUCAAGGGACUUCAGGAACUCGAGUUUCUUCUCCACGCUUCGCGGGGGUCCGCCUCUCCCUCGUCUGAUGGCUUCUCUCCCUCGUCUGAUGGUUUGAAUCCCCCCUCACCUGUCUUGUCUGCCUCCUCACCUGUCUUGUCUGCCUCCUCACCUGUCUCGUCUGCCUCGUCGCCUGUCUCGUCUGCCUCGUCGCCUGCCUUCUGUGUCUCGGCCUCUUCCUCUUCUUCGUCGUCUUCGCAUCCGGCGUCUGCGUCUUCCCCGGACCUCUCUUCUUUGUCGCCGGCCACAGCGUCUUCCGCCGCCUCUGCCGCCGGGCAGACCCUCUCCGACGAAGCUUUUCUUGUGAUAGCAGAAGCCAUUUUGCCGCAGUUCGUCUAUGUCUACGGCCGGUUGGCUGUCUGGGACAGCGAACGGCGCAUCCGAGCUGGGGUGAACCGGUGCUUGUCUCUGAUCGCCUCGCGAGCGCGGAAGCUUCUCGGGCCUCACCUGCGAGCGAUGCUUCCUCUGUGGUGGAUCUCCUCUCACGACGAUGCGGCUGAAGUCGCGCUUGCCGCCCAAGAAGCGCUCGACUUUGCUUUUCCUCCCUUCGCCGCCUCCUCGUCGGCCGCGGCUCCUGGGGCUGUUUCCUCGUCUCCGACGCUGUUUUUUCGGGGAUUCGUCGGUCACCGAGCUCGACUGGCUGCCGCGUUUGACCACUGUCGAGAGGCGCUCUUUUCAGAAUACUUCCAGUUGCUUGCAUGCAAUCCGGAGGGCCUGAACGCCCUCGCGUUUGGCGCCAAAAGCCACCAGAAGAAAAGCGGCGGCGAAGAGACAAAGUCUCCACAUUCCGGAGACGAAGCAGAAGACCGCUACGACCGAACUGUCUCCUGUGUCCUCCUGGCUCUCGGUCACCUCGCGCGCCUUCUCGUCUCCACCUCGGCUGCCUCGUCGCCGUCUUCCUCUCCUUCUUCUGAGGGGACGAACUGUGUCCUGUCUCUGUGGAGAGACGCGUUCGAGCCGCUGCUCUCUGUGGGGAACGCCACUAGCCUCGUUCGCUUUCUUGCGCCUUCGACCUUCCGUCUGUCUGUGCGGCGGGCGGCCCUUGCGUCUCUCCUCUCUCUCCUCAGCAGCUUCGCGCGAGCAGGACUUCCCUUUCCUCUGCCUCCUGUCGCCUCCGCCGCCGUCUUCCGCGGUAGUGAUCUGCAAGGCGAGAAGAGUGAGAAGAGCGAGAAGAGCGAUAAGAAGGCGUCCAAGCAAGAGAGGCAUCAACGCCAGCGUGACGCCCAGCAGACCGCUGUCGCCUCGGCCCUGACGGCUUCCUCAGUCGCGGCCUCUGGCGCUCCUGGCUGCGGUGGUAAUGGCGACGCAGCCGAGAACGUCUCCGCCAGUGCAACAGAGAGGUACAUUGCUGCGCAUGCAGAGUUCCCUUAUCCUCUCCUUCCUCGAGCUUUCGUCUCCACCGUCUUCAGCGCCUUGGCAGAUCGUCCCCUCUGCGCCUCGCGGCUGCCGGCCUGCUGGAGCUUGAGACUCGCGCGGAGCUCCGAGGAAGGCCCCCAGGCGCGGGAGGGUCACCGAGACGGCGGCGCCGGAGACGCCAGUUUAGGACGCAGCCUCGCGGACGCCCAGGUGCAGUGCGGCUCUGCAGGCGUCUUGGAGGUUGUCACACUUCUUCUCUCUCAGUGCGACAUCCCUGUUCGCCGCCUGGCGCCGACAUGCAACACUGAGAAGGAAGACCAGCCGCGAGCAGAGGAGGAGAGGGACGUGGAGCAAGGCGUUCUGCAUGCAUACAAGAAGAUGAUCUCCCAUCAACUCAUUCUCUUUUUCCCUAAACUCUUAGCUGCCAUUCGUCACGGAGGCUAUUCUUCGUCCCCCUCUUUCUAUGACGCCCUUCUGCCGCUCCUGGCCGCAAUGCCGGGCGACCUGCUCUUGCAGUCGAAGGAGGGACGAGACUUCCUCUUUGCUCUCCUCGGGGACUUGACGCUUCUCCUUCCCCUUGUGGGUGUUUCAACUCCAGCGCGGGAUCCGACUUCGAAGGGCAAGACAGGAAAGGAAGCAGGCUCUGCGAGAGCCUCAGCUCGUCGCUUCGACUGCUCUGUGGCGGACCACAAGUAUGUUGGCCUCGAGAAGACGCCAGGCGAGAGAACAGAUGAAGGCGAGGUAACUGCCGCAGGAAGCAACGAAGGCCAGGACCCGGUUGAAGGAAAGGCGGCGGUGGAAAAGAGGUCUAAGAACCGCGAGAAGACUGACGUGGAUGUCGCGGAAGCCAGAGUGGAACUGCGAGACUGGUCGCAGCCCAGGCGCGGACGCGCUGUCGGAGACAAGGCAGCUGGAUCUGUCAAAGACGCUUCUCUUUUUUCGCGGUCUGCCGAGGCUCUGCACCCGGGUGCUCGCACCCUCCUGACUUCACACUUCACCGUUCUCCUCUUCCUUCUUCAGAAACGAAUUCUUCCGGCGUUGCCCCGUCCGCGCGUCAACAGACUCGGAGACUCCGCAGCAGCGCCGCCGCCCUCGCCCAGCUCCGCUGGUGCGGUUUCUGCUCUCCCGGAAGCUUCGUCUCUGCCUCACAUGGCUCGUGGUGCCGCCAACGAACCGCCGGCUCUCACUCAAGCAGACAUGCGGCUCCUUCGUCUCGCCGUCGCGCGCGCCGUUUGUCUUCCGCUUUGCUUCCUUUUUCUCCCCGUUCAGGGCCAGCGAUCGGCCUCGCAGUCGAGAGCAGUCCGCCAGGUCCGGCGACUCCACGGAGCAACGGAGGGAGACGAGAAGAUGGCGACGACGGGGGUGCUGCCAGGCGACGAGGAAGAGGAACGCUGCUGGUGGCACCGCGAAGACGAAAAGAGAGCGUAUGAGGUCUCGCUGCCUCUCCUCGUCCGCUGGUUCGUUUCCGAAAUAUUCAGACGAAACAUGAAAGGCGCCACUGAGUGCGCUCUCGCACCACUCCUCCAGUGCAUGCAAGACCAUGUGAAUAGUCUCCUCUUUGCCGCAGUUGCGGGGAUUCCUGGCAAAAAGGCUUCCGCCAGAGACACGGAUCGCGCGACCGCAAUCAGUGCCUUAGGUGCUCUACGAGACUCCCUCUGUCCACUCUUCGCUGCCCUGGCAAGCGCGGACCCCGGGAACCUCAAAGCGCCUCUUGUCUCCGCUUCUUCUCCUUCGGCUGCUUCUUCAGCUUCUUCGUCAGCCGCGCCUCUCUGCGGGGGUGCAGGCUGGGGCGCUGGCGAGGACUCUCUGACGUUCUAUGCUGGUGUGCGAAACCUGCAUGCGUUCGUCAUGUCUUCGCUGCUGCGCCUGCUCAGAGAUCUCCCUCACGCUGCGCAGCCUGUCGCUGGAGAAACGGCCGACGGCGAAGAGCUGCAAACAGCGAGGGCUGUCGACGAGAGGAGACCCGCGGCGACAACGCGCGAUGGGUGCCAACGCUGGGACUUGGAAGGGGUCAAUGAAGUCGUCGAGGCUCUCUGGCAAUUCCUCGAGGCGAACAUGCGGUCGCGGAGACCUGCCGUUUCGUCAGACAAGGCAGAAGACGUGCCGGCCGACGCGACGCAAGCUGGCACUUCAUUUGCAGAGGAAGAAAGCCGAGAAUCUCUGAUUCUUCUUGUUGGCGACAAGCGACAAGUCGGCGAACUCAACGACGGAAACGGAGACGCUCCAGACCUCGCAGAAGGCAGAGAGGGUGUUGUCCAGCUUCUCGCGUCGGUCGUUCGGAACUGCGUGGAAGAGGCUUCCCUUUUCCUGCAGGCGCGGGGCGAUUUGGAGCUCGAGACUCGCAAUGAGGAAGACAGACGACCGACGCGUGGAGUUCUUGCGAGGGUCGCCGACGAUCGAGAGCGCCUGGCCUCCAUCGGCGCCCAGUGGCGCGUUGCGCGCCUCCUGGUUGACAAGCUGCUUCUUCCUCUUUUCAGGAAACUCGGUGGGAUUCAUGCCUGCGCCACGACAGGCUUCUUGGGGAUUCCAGGAAACUCGGCGGACGCCCUUGUGGAACCGUGGAGACUCCUCGUUUCUUUGCUUCUUCCUUCACCCGGCCUCCAAGGUGGUGAGCCGGCCUUACAGUUUCAGACAAGCAGCGGCCCAGCGUCCUCCUCAAAGAGGAUCGAACCUUCUCUUCUCUUCUUGCAUCACACCGUCGCACUCGGCCUUCUCCAUCGCCUCUGGAAGGCCUUGCGGGGCUUGGGUCGUCAAGGCGCCGGUGAAAGGGAAACAUUUGGAGACGCGAACCGAAGCACAGGAGAGGAAGGACGCGAGUGUGUAUCCGGUUCUCUCUGCUCCCGCUUCAACGUUGCAGAAGUCGCCGCAGAGACGACAGGCCGCUGCAGUUUCCAGGUCGCUCUAGAAAGAUGCCUGCUCUCCUCGGCGUCCCUUGUUCUCUCUGCACCUCUGGCCGUCGCGCCCUUGGGGUCCGACAAGGCGUCUGUCGCCGCCUGGAGCCCAAGAGGAUCGCAGCUCCUCCAGAUGGUCACCUCUGAGCUCCUUCCAGAGUACGUCGAGCUGGUUACGGAGACACUGACGCAUGCAAGCCAAGGCAGUGCGCAGCAGGCGCCCCAGCAGGAAGAUGCCGAAGAGAGAAGGCAGCAUGAAAGUGAAGAAGGAGCAACCGCCGGUGACGCAGCACCGUUCCUUCCAUUGAUUUCUCUCAACAGUGAGGAGGCUGUUCUCCGCUUAACCGAGGCAUGUCUGUCGGCGCUGCACCGGCUCUACGUCAGCCAGAACCGAGCGCGAGAGGUACUGAGCUCAGGCAUUCCAAACGUAUCUUCGGCUUCACCUGUUUGUGACGGAGAACAGUCUCAGGCUUUCCGUGACUGCGAGGAAGCUGCUGCCCAAACGCAGCGCGACCUGCUGCGUCUUCUUCUUCCUCUGAACUUCCAGACUGUUCUGCAUCUUCUUCUCUCUCGAGUGCCUGCUCCCUCCGAAUCAUCCCUGUCAACAAGCCUGCCUUCGUCUCUGUCGCGUUCCUCGCGGCAAGCCCCGACUGUUGCCGCCUUGAGUGGGUGGCUCUCUGGCCUGUUCACUUUCCACCUUCUUCAACAUGGGAUGCCGGUUCUCGACGGCGACGGCCGCUCUCAGUUGGCCGCUGCUUCUGAGACUUUCGAGACGCUUCUCACUCGCCUCCCCAAACGGGUCCUCGAUGCCCUCCUGUCUCUGCUUCGCGCCUGCGUGACCUUCCCCGCGAGUCGCCUCUACGCGGCGCUCUUCGAACUCUCCACUGUCAGUCUGUGCUUCCAAGAAAGCCAGGACGCAGACGAGCAGGAGGAAAGUGGGCGCGAGACAGGAAACCGAAAGCGAGACGGAAACGCAGAAGGAGCGGAGGCCUUUGACAGCUUUGAGAACAACAGAGACGAACCGCUCUUCCUCCGAGCUUCUGCUGUGACUGUCGAGAGGUGGGCAGGCUGUCUAUCCCUUCUGGCCCGGCCCCUGUUGAGUCGCGUCUCGACGCGUCAAUCAGCUCACAAGGCACCAGGCGACUUGACCGCGCCGCCGCGGGCCAUGUCGCAUGCACUGGACAUCCUUGUCUAUCUGCUUCGCCUUCACCGACCGUCAGGAGGUGAGACAGAUCCUGAGCACCCUUUGGGUCUGCGUUCGUCGCCUUCUGUUCUGGAGCCUCACACAUGUUCGCAAGAGAAGGGUGACUCUCUGGGCCUUCGGUCCGUCUGUGGCACCUCGGUGGAAGGCUUCGAACCUUUGUCUCCUUCGGAAAGUGAGAAUGGCCUAAAGGUCGGUCUGUGGCGGUGCGCUCUGACGCAUGCGUGCUGCCUGGCUUUCUUGGAUUCUUGGGGGGCGCUUUGUGGCUCUGCCGCGCGAGAUGCGUCAGGCUCCGCUGCGAAGACAGCGAACAAAGAAAGGGCAGAUUCAAAAGGGAACUUGAAGCCAAAUGCAGAGGGCCAUUUCGAGGAAGACUCCCCACAUAUUCUUCUUACUCGUGAUCUCUUGGAGGCGGCCCAACAGUCGCGAGAGUCGGGGCAUGUCGACCUCCUUCUUGAUUUGUUUCUAGCUUCCUCUCGUGUCUCCGUCGAACCGGAACUCGGUGUCUCUUCUCUCGCGAGCCGGGCUGCAGCAGCUAUAGGAGAAGAGGCAACUGCAGGCGCAGGUGGCGACGCUUCUGUGCUGGUGGAUUCAUCGCCGUUUUCGCUGCUUUUCCCUCCUUCCUUCUCCUUCCGUCGACAGCGAGAGAGAACAGGGAGCUUGGUGGACUUGGCCAUGCCCGCCCUCGUGUCUACCGUUCUCUCUGGAGACAGCAGCGCAGCUCUGUCUCAGCCUGAAGUUCGAGAGCGGGCCUGUGGCGCCAGAGGAGGACCUGCAGUCGCCUCGUUUCCUUCAACUUCUUUGUUUGCCUUGUUCUUUUCGCGGCUGCUCCGUUUCUGUGAGGCGGAAGGUCAGUGGGAGACGCUCCUGCCUUUCUCCGCAACAAGCAUCCACGAAGAACAGUUCUUCUCGCUUUCCGCCAGGGACCCGGCGCCCGGCGUCGCCUCAGCGGUCGGGCCGUGCAUGCUGCGAUCAGCCGUUUCCAGUGCCCUACGAUCGUUCCUCCUCUUCUCGGGAGUCUCCUCUCGACUGCCUUCCCUGUCUCCCGCAAUGCCGCCAGGAGGAACGCAGGGCCGCGACCCGGUCUCGUCGUCGGCAGCGGCAUCUGCCGCCGCGACCUCUGGAUGUGCUCGGAGAGAUGUCGCAGACUCCAAGGUCAUUCGGACGGCCUUCGAGUUCCUCAGGUGGCUUCUCCACGCCAGUUUGGCGGUGACGGGUGAGCAACAGCAGACGCAGGGUCUUUCGGCAAACGACGCGCGACAGAAAAGAGCGACCGAGCUCUUGGAAGAUCUCGAGGACCCCCGAAGCAGCGCCAGCAACUCGCAGGGCGAUCUGCAUUCUCUGCCCUCUUACGCGAGCGCCCUGAGCGUUCAAGUGGUUGCUGAUGCCUUGCAAGAUUUUCUUCGCUCGCUGCCCUCCUGCUGCCUCAACAUGCAAGACGAGACAGAAGAAAACGUGCGUCUCUCCGAGACUGUCCAGGACCUCCUCGAGGAAACAGGAAACACUCACGCCUUCCUCCUUGAUCGUUUCCAAGACCAAAUAGAGCGGCUGUCGCUGCUGCAGUCCCAGACAAGUGCAGACUUGACAAGGAGCGAGUCCGCCAGCCAGACUGCUCGUUUUUCUCUUGCGAGCAACGCCUGCCUCCUUGUGUCUUCGACAGGGAACUCCGAAGAAAGUCGACUUUCUGAACUCGCUGAGAGCGAAGGGACCCUGGCACGCAUUUUGUCGUGCUUGGGGUCCGCGUUCUUGACGGUGUCUUCAGUCGGCAGAGAGCUGGUCGCGUUUUCUCAGAAGGUGGAUCUUUCUUUCGCGCUUCACGGUGAAGCGAACGAGGCAGAUGACAUGUACAGAGACUUCCUCGCGGCUCUGCUUGAGCGCGAAACCGAGAUGCGUCGCCUCCUUCGCUCUGUGCGAUACUCGCCGCGAGCGGUCCUUCCGGCCACCCAGAAAGCGCUUCUUCACUGGCGAGGUCUGCGCCCUUCGUCUCAGCAGUUUGCAGGAAGCGACGGAAGCGUCCACGAAGACCAUGAAGAAAGGAGAGUUGGAGGAAGGCAAACGGAGACUGACGAGAAGGAGCAGAGCGUUGAGGCCGCAAGCGCAGAAGACCGGGGAACCGACGCGUUUGUCUGUCGGGCGUGGAAGUGUCUGGAGGCCGUCGAUGCCGCCUGUGGGCUUCGCCUCCUUUUCCGGGCCUUCCAGAAGGCCGACCCGCCUGCAGACGAGGCAAUGGUCGAAUCAGGAGACGCGCUUGAGAACGAACUGAGUGACGAAGCAUUUACCCUGGAGGCUCUUCGUCUAGCGGUUUUUGUGCUGAAGGAGACAAAUCGGCAGGAUCGAGGACACUGGGGAAAUCGAAAAACCACUCGACCGGGGUCUGCUUGUGGCACACCGCGUCCGUUGGAGACAGGACAUUCUGCAGACCAAGGGAGAGAAAGGGAGAGCAUCUCUGCUGCACCGAGCAUGGGAGCUGUAUCUCAAAUCUUGGCUUUGUCAGUGAAGCUCGUCCGAGCCUCGCCCUUGUUUUCAGAGGUCACUGAGGCGGAGACAGGUCGCGGAGACAGGACGCUCGGUGUCUCUUUUUCGGAGGCACAAGACCGUUCGCUGCGUCUCCUCGCGCUAUCUGUGCGGCUCGCUGUGCUCUACGAUGAAGCGCUGCACAUGCGUGAAGCCGCACCGGCCCCCUCCAGCCUCGCGGCUUUCUCGUCUACUCCGCAUGCACUUGUAAAGACGAAGACUUCCUUCUCGCGCUACGGUCUCCAGCUGUCUUCCCGCCCGUUCUGUUCGCAGUUCUACGACGACGCAACCUGCAGAGUUUUGCGGGUCUUAUGUGACUCCCUUGAUUUGUCGGUGGAGACCUCGAAGGCCGCGAGCUCCAGUGCCGCGACUGCGUCUCCGACCGCGGUCGCGGCGCGCAUCUGUGCGGGUCUCCUGGGAUGUCGCCGUAGCCCGGUUCAAGCGAGCAUCGUGACCUGCUUGCGACGGUAUCCAUGGUUUUCGCAGCCUCUCCUGCAGACUGACGCGUUCCCUCCACUGUUCCUAUCUCCCGAAGCGCAGAGCGAAGGGCGCCAGCGAAGGCCAAGAGCUAAAGGAGACACUGCGUCUGAUGGAGAGAAUCGGGAUCGUUUGUCCUGUGUCUGUCCAAGAGCUUUGCACGGCGACUCUCUGUCUCUACUCGCCAACGCAGACCUUUGCGAAUGCACUAGGCCUGCAAAUACGUCAACAUUCAGUUCUAAUCCCACAGGGACCGAGUUUCCCCUCUCGGCCUCAAGCCGCGUCUCCCGGCAGCAAGUGAAGCAGCUUCUUCAGCGCUUCGAUCUGUCGCUGGACCGACCAUUGUCGCCUGCGGUAGACGGCUCACACUCCGAAGGCGAGGCCUGCGAAGACGGCGACUCCAGCGGAGACGAGGAACGACACUCGAGGGCGGCCAACCGAGCCGUGGCGCGGACUCCGGGGCCAGGCCUGUGUGAAGGUGACGUUUUUAGCGGCAGCGCAGCUUCUCCUGCUGGGUCCCCGGCAGGGAGCAGCUCGCUCUUCAGGAAGUUGCGUCAUCUCUUGUCGACAAAGAGCGAUGGAGGCGAAGGCAAAGGCGAAGGCAAAGACGAAGGCGAAGGCGAUGCGGGAGAGUGUGAAGAGAUGCGGAUGGUGGACGAUGUGCUCCAGGCAGUAGAGCCGGGAGACGGGGAGAGAGAAGAGCAAGGCAGGGCAAGUCAGAAGAGCGAGAGAAACGAAACAAUGCAGACAGAAGAGACACCGCAGUCAGGGCGAAGCCGCGACGAGAGAGAACAAGAAAAAGGCGACCGCAUAUGUCGACGUCCCAAGGGGUUUUCACCUCAUCCGUUAGCUGCUGAACUCUCCCAGGUCGAGGAAGGAACCGCGAUUCUCGGCUGGCUCUUGCAGAUCUUCACAGGUCGAAUCCUCGCUUCCCAAUUGGUCGGUACCUUUCGUUAUGCGAGCUGUGCCCUCGCCCUCGCUUCGGACAUGCACAGCGCGCGCCGAGCGGGGACGGCUUCGGAGCAGAGAGGCGCUUCAUUUUCUUCUGUGUUUUUCGAGUCGGAAGAACAGGGUGGAACUAGCGAGGACGAAACUCGCGAGCGCGAGAGAGAACAAGCCCUCGAAGACAUCGCUCUCGGUUUAAGGGGAUGGAUGAUCGUCUUGCCUUCUUUGCUUUCGCUCGCGUCGGACGAAAGCGACGGCAAGGCCGACUCUGGGUCCGAAGCAGCCCAAGAGACAGGAGACAAGCGAAGCGGAGAAAAGGCCGAGGCGAGUCAAGACUUCUUCCAAAAACAGGCAUACCUGCCUUAUCUUCAGCAGCUGUUACAGACGGCCCCGUCGCAGGCUGCACGAGCGCGAAGCGUCCUGAGCCGAGCGACGCCUUCCUACGUUCCCUUCGCUCCGCCUUCGUCUCUCUGCUCCUACGGCGAUGCCCCCUCGCCCACGCACUUCUCCCCGAGCGUCGGUUCGUCGCCCUGCGGGUGUAGGGCUUGCGAGCUGCUUCAAGAUGUGACGGAAAUGUCCCUCGUUCAGGCUCUCGUGGAAUUGUUGUUUGUCACCUUCUUGCAACUCGCCGCCGAGGCUUCUCGUUUUUCACCUCGAGACUUCGUCGGCCUGCAGUCCUUCGUCGCGCCCUCUUCGCGCCCGGUCUCCGAGCUUCCUGCGUCGCGUUCGGCUGUCGCUUCUGCAUCUCACGUCUGCGCUGUGGAGCCGCCGAGUGUCGUUCGAUGGUUGCUUCCUCCUGGCCUCGCAGACGCCCUCGGGGGGCAGUGGAGGGUGGUGCCGGGAGAUCGCGUCCGAGCUCCAAAGGUGAGGAAGGCGCCGGAAACCUCCCCAGGGCUCAUGGCCGAAAGCGACUCGCUCUGGCUCACGCGCGACUGGAGAGAGUACAUCUCUCGAGAGGGCAUGCAGAGUCUUGCGACGGACAACAGGAGGUCGGACGAGAAGGCCCCCGAGACAGUGCUUCAACAGCUUCCGCUCCACGGACUUGUUUGGGAUGUGACCAAUCGCUCUUUCCUCUGGCUCCUCGCAGCUCACGUCUAUUACCUCCUCCUUCAGUUUAAUCCCGAGGCCGUUCGGCGCAUCUGGAUGCGCUGUCGCAAUGGGCGCGCCAGGAGGGAACUGGAACUCUUCACUGAGACCUACGUCUCCUCUCGCCUCAUGCAGAAGGAGGUGCGCGAGGCAUCGAAGCUGGCGGAGACGUUUGACUUGUCUCUGAACUUCGACAGCCGUCAGAGGGACCUGGCAGUCACUUUCCGAGACGAGAAAGGCGAGAUCUCGGUCACGCUGAAUGUCCUUUUCGCCAAAAAUUUCCCUCUGCAGAAGAGCCAGCCUCAUCUGGAUUUAGAUCGCAUCCCUGGAGUGCCGAAGCGUCGCAGCAGUCGGUGGCUGCUGGCGGCCUUCGGGGCGAUGAAUCGCUCCUCUCUCUCCGCAGGUCUUUUUGUCUGGGCGGCGAAUCUCCAGCAUUUCUUCGAGGGUCUCGAAGACUGCCCGAUCUGCUACUCGGUCGUCCAUCCCCACCAUCGCUCUCUCCCCAAGAAAAUGUGCGCCACCUGCAAAUACAAAUUUCACGCAGAGUGUAUCUACCGCUGGUUCCGCACUGCUCGAAAAACCAACUGCCCUCUCUGCCAAUCCCCUUUCUAG